AUGCCAACACAAGAAAGAAAUACCAUGGACGUUGGUGAUGGUAGGGAUGGUAGUGAUGGUGGUGAUGAUGAUGUAGCAACGAUGUCUACAUCUACAGAUCGUACAAGUGGUUAUAAAAAGCGAAAAAGAACUUCCAAGGUGUGGGAAGAUUUCGAUUUUAUUUCCGCAAAUCACUUUCCCGACAAGGUACCAAGAGCACAAUGCAAGAAUUGUCCAAAGAGUUAUGUGGCUGGUAAAGGUAUUUCAAAUCUCUCUCGCCAUAUCCAUAAGUGUGUUGGAAAAUUGGCAAAAAAAUCAAUCGAAGUGCCUAUACCUAGUGCUGGAAAGUCAAAGACAAUAGAUCAAAAUGAGUUUAAGGAGCUAAUGGCUAUGGCUAUAAUAAAACAUGGAUAUGAAUUUUCAGUUGUUGAGCAUGGUGGACUUCAGAAUGUGAUGGCUUAUUUAAAUGAUGAUUUCAAGUCAUUUACUCGGAACACUGCUAAGUCUCAUUGUUUGAAGAUUCAUAAGAGGGAAAAAGAGAAGUUGAAAUCUCUUUUGAGUGGGAUUCCUGGUAGGAUUUCUUUGACUUGUGAUUUGUGGACUUCUUGUGCUACUGAAGGCUAUCUUUGUUUGACGGUACAUUAUGUGGAUUCUCAUUGGAAAUUAAAUACUAAGAUCCUAAGUUUUUGUCAUGUUCCUCCUCCACAUUCUGCUAUUGUUUUGUACCAUGCAAUAUAUGAUUUGUUGAGAGAGUGGCAAAUUGAGAAGAAAAUAUUCUCGAUUACAUUGGACAAUGCUAGGUGCAAUGAUGUCAUGCAAGGUCUUUUACUCGACCAAUUGAAAGAAAAUGGGACAGUAGUAUGUGAUGGGGAUUAUUUUCAUAUUCGUUGUGGUGCUCAUGUUUUGAACCUGAUUGCAAACGAAGGAUUAAAAGAGAUUCGUGCAUCUAUAGAUGUUAUUAGGGAGUGGGUGAAGUACGUCAAGGGGUCUGAAUCUCGAAGGAUAGUUUUUGAAGAUUGUGCAAAGAGAAGUAAUUGUCUGAGUUCUAAAGGAUUAUGGUUAGAUUGUCCAACCAGAUGGAACUCUACAUACAUGAUGCUUGAGAGAGCGGAUCUUUAUCGUCGUGCUUUUCAACAUAUGAGGCUGGUUGACAGAAAUUUUGAGAUGCUCGUCAGAUGUAGAAUGGGACAAGAUUGA